GAUAGUGACAGUGUCGAUCGUUGACGGCGCAAUCAGCAUUCAGAACUUGACCAGGCGUUUCAUCCUUGACUGCCCAUCGAACUUGACAGCUGGUGCUUGAGCGUCCCGCGACGAGCCCCGUCCACUCUUUCCACACCACGUUCUUUUGUAUCGCACGCCGGUAAUGUUCACGCCUCCCCCUUCCCCCCUCCCGUUCGCCCAACGGCCCCCGUUGGAGAGUGCGCCCUCGUCAUCCUCUUCGUUAACCGUCCCGUCCCCGUCCCCAUCCCCGUCCCCAUCACCUCCGCCGACUCCCUCGCGAUCGUCUUCACACCAGCACAUCCCCUCGUGCAGCACCCACCAUGCCAAGCUGAAGACCGCGCGCCGCACACGCUGGACGAUCCUCCUCGUCCCCGCCGUCCUGAUCCUCAUCACCGCUUCCACCCGCUACCUCUCGCACCCCGCCGCGCUCGACGUCUUCUCCGGAUACAGGCCGUCAGACUAUGACAGCUGGGCGGACUCGCUCACAGAUUGGAAGUUUCACGAGCACCGCACAGGGCACCAGCGGCGCGAACCCGAGCCGCAACAGGGACAGCAGGUGUCGUCGUUCAGCGCGUCCACUGCCGCCUCCGUCCCGUCCGCCGCGCUCUCGGGGUCGCUGUCCGCCAGCGUGGUGAGCAGCGGCAGCACGCCGACAAGCACGACGGUCGUGGCGAACGUGCCGACUGUCCCCGCGCAGACACCGGUGCUGCCGACGCCGUUCCCGCAGCCGUUUGACAACCUCGAGCAGAACUUUUCGACGCAGGGGUGCCAGGCGUUCUUCCUGAACAUGCUGCAGGCGGAGGACUUUCGGUCGUGCCGGCCGUUCUCGCUGCUUUUGCAGAAUUCGUACGCUUUCAGCGAGGCACAGGAGAACGUCACCGCGAUGAAUGCGAUCAUAUGGGGCACGUGCAACACCACCAUCGACGAGGAAACCUGUGCGGCCAACAUGGCCUCGUAUCUCGGCCAGCUAAAGUCCAAUUGCUCGAAGGAGAUUUCCAACAACUUUCAGGCGGUCAUUGACGCCGUGACAGGCUUGGAGGCGUACACCCUCAUGCGGACCGCGGCGUGCCAGACCGAUGCGACGGCAAAUACGUACUGCUUCAUCGACGCCAUCCGGAACACGAACCCGUCGGACUUGUAUUUCUACAACCUGCCCCUGGGAUACAAGGUGUCGAACAGCAGCACGCCGACAUGCGAUGCAUGCACGAAGACGCUGUUGGGUCUGUACGACCAGGCAAGGGGCAAUCUGACGGCGCUGCAGCAGAAUUAUGAGAGUGCGGCACAGUUUGCGCAGAAGACCUGCGGGUCGGACUACGUGGCGCUGGUCAAUGGCGCGAAGCAGUUCCGUGGGACGGCGAGGGGGUACACGGCAGGCGUCGCUCUUCUGAGCGUCGCCGUCGUGAUGUCUCUUUUAUGACCGUUGGGAGUACCAGUCAGAUUGGGUUGAUGCUUGAACAUUUGCGGCUGUUUAUACCUUCACCUUCGUGUUCAUUCUCGGGUUGCUUGUUUGAUCGGACUGAACAUCGCUCUGUAUUCUAAACAUUCUUCUCGGGCUGGAAUAACGACUGCCCAGCCGUUCUUCGGGCCAUACGCUUUACACUUCUCCGUAAUAUUCCCUUCCUUCCCCCCGUGUCUACCGUAUUUAUUUGCCUCCGCUUUCCUCGCUGAUUCAGAAUUCUCCUUACGUCCGUCGCUGUUGUUAGGAAUACGUAGUGACAGCCAUGCUCAUCG